AUGGAUGUGGUCGCUCUUCUCGAGGCGUUUCCCGAAGAUGUGACCGCCGUGGAUACCGAGGGAAACUCCAGUGUACACGUAGCUUCCUCUGCUGCGGACUACGAGCUUGUCAAGUACCUGGCCAAGCGGAACAACGUGGACGUGGACAAAGCGCUAGUGGAAGAGAAGGACCGGUCCGAGCAUGCAGAGCGCCUCAGCAGGAGACAGGUGGGCACUAGCGUAAACGUGUUUUGGGCGGCCAGGCUGGAGCGAGCGAGGUGGGCGGCAGAGGCCAACGCCGGGGGCUCCAGGGAUGUGAGGGCGGCGAACAGUGGCCCCGCCUCCCUAAAGGCGAAGCACCGUCUAAUGUCCGGAUAUCUGCGGAAGCGUCGAGAAACAGACCGCUGGUUGAAGCGCUGGUGCGUGUUAACAGAGACGAGUCUCAUGUACUUUCACAAGCCCACCGACGAAAGCCCUUCCAAGAUCAUCAAGCUGGACAAGGCCAUGCUGAAGAAGUCCGAAAAGGUGGACUUUGCCUUCGAGAUUCACACGCCCGACCUCCUCGACAGGAGGAACAAGGAAGGGAGGCUGCACUUUUCUUGUGCAGGAGAGGGAGAGCUGCAGCAAUGGCUGGUGCCCUUGCGAGUCGUCGUCGCUCUGUAUCAGUUCAGGAACGACAAGCGCAGGGAACCCCUAGUCUACGUCGACGUCGAGCGCCGUGCGCAACUGGCCCGUUUGCGCAACAGCAAGGGCGAGACCCCCCUACACGCGCUCGCGAGGGCAAGCCUUGUGGACUUCGCGGGCACCGGGAGGCGCCUCACGGGAGGGCGACAAGGACCACCAACGCUGUCCGGGAGGACGUCCAUCGUGUCUAUGCAGCGUUUGGCAGCCUGGCUGAUCGAGAGCGGGGCGGACCCCAAUGGGCCGGAUAACUCGGGCCAGACCGCGCUGCACGUGGCCAUGGAGUACGACAACCCGGCGGUCGUGUUUACUCUCGAGCGGAAGGGAGGCGACGUCAACCUCAAGCGCCCCUGCGAUGGGCGGUCCGUGAUUACCCAAGUGUUGGAACAAGGACAGGGAAUGGACCUCAUCGAGCAGGUGUCAUCCGCAGGGGUGACGGCAAACAACCCACUCCUAUCCCCCCCCGAGAAACUGUUCGGCUUCACGUACGUGUCGUUCUUCAUCGAGAAGACCACUUUCCCAUCCUCGAAGCACAACGCCGUCAUGGACCUCACCACGCCCACCCCAAACGUCGGAGCGUUCUCGGCCAUGACGAAGACCUUUAACUUUGACGCCCCCCCAAGCGUAGGAGGACGUCCUGGUGGCACGGGAGUGCGCGAUACGCUGAACAAGCCGGGCUACGCGAAGUCUACGAUGACCCGUUGGGGGAGCAGGAUCGGCCAUGUUGUGGGGGCGGGCGGAGGGGGCGGGAGAGGGAUAGGCGAGGUGGAGGCCGGGGGACCGGGAGGAGAAGGCGGUGCGGACGGCGCCCAUGGAGCGCCCCCUCCGCUUGGAACGAUGACUAUUGAUAGGGUCGUGGAACAGCUGUUCUUUGUGAGAGUUUCGGUGUACAACGCAAAGGGGAAGCUGUCGGAGGCUCAACAGGAUGUGACCGUCCCCAUCAUGACCAACCCCGAGUACCUGUGGUGGGCCCAUACGUGGCACAUGCAAACCCCCUUGGAAACGCUUGGCGCCGGGAGCUUUGUAGCUUUCGAGCUGAAAGAGAAGGGCGAGCACAAGGAAAGGACGCUGUCGUGGGGCGCGUACCACCUCAACCCGGACGAGGUCAACUCCAGGCCCGAGAGCCUCUGCGCCUACGCUGGUGUCCCGCCCGCGUUGGUUCGCCUGGAACCCUCCGAGUUUAGCCUUGUCGGUGACGCCAUCAUCACCAAGGCCAACCCUUCUCCACCGGCGACUACCGGCGCCGCCACCGGCACCGCCGCUGCCGCUACUACCGACGAUGAGGAGGCAGCAGUCGCAGUGUCGUCUGCCGGGGGUGACCCUGUUUUGUCGUUGCCGUACCCCUGCCCGGCGAACAAAGCUGGUUGAACUGGGCAGGCGUGGUCCUCGCCUUGUUUGCCUCAGUGUUUAAUGUCUUGGAGUGGAACCGCUUGUUCCCGUUUUUGGCGGUUCGUGCCGCGGCCCGUUGGAACAGACACUCAAUGUGAUGGGCUUUUGUUUGCUCUCAGUUGCUCCUGGUCUUUAGUC